UCCUAGGUGCACAUAUGAGACAUCUGCGGCAGGCGGUGUGCUCGGUUGUAGCUUGGUGAUACUAGGUGCUCUUCGUGAACUUAUUAUUAUGUUGUUACCAAGUGUUUGCACCCUGCAGCGUGUUUCUGUGCAAGUUCAGUAUGCGUAGAACUGUUGAGAAACGAGCUCGACAGCUGAUUCCUACUAGGUGCUUCAAACACUGUUUAUAACAUCGGAUAACCUUCGCAAUACGAACUCGCCAUGCACGCUUUCAUAGUGAGUACAGGCUCUCGGUUAUUUCGUCAAGUGAGAAUCCAUAAGCACCUAUUGCUCAGGUCUUUCUCAUCAAGGAACGGUGGCAUCCUCUUGAACGGUCGUACUAUCCGUCGUGUCUGCGUAGCUCCGGUGAAACCAGUUGUGUCUGUCGUACUCUGUCGAGCUUGCUCAAGCGCUCGACGCAUCGACAGCGGUGAACUAAAGAGACUGUUGCGGCAAGCAAAACCCGAACGAUUUCGCCUCGGUGCUGCUGUUUUGUUGCUUUUUGUAUCCAGCUCUGUUAUGAUCGCCUUCCCAUUUUGCAUCGGCAAAGUGAUCGACGUGAUCUACACUGCGUCUAACAACGACGAACUUCGCGCCAACCUCAACUGGAUUUGCAAGGUUCUGACUGGCGCUGUUGUGAUCGGUGGUCUUGCAAACUUUGGUCGAGUGUACCUUAUGAACAGUUCAGCACAGCGAAUAAUCAACUCUCUCCGCAAGCAAGCUCACGCCUCGCUGAUGCAGCAGGAGAUAGCCUUUUUUGACCAAAACCGCACGGGUGAUCUCAUCACCAGACUUUCAAGCGACACUGCGCUGGUUGGGAUGUCCUUAACACAAAACAUAUCAGAUGGCCUGCGCUCUGCUGUUGCAGUGUUUGGUGGUGUGGGUAUGAUGUUGUACACAUCGCCACAGUUGUCACUAGUUGGCCUGAGCGUUGUACCACCUGUUGCCAUUAUUUCCUUCGCGUUUGCUGGUAGACUGAGGCAAGUCGCAGCAGACGUACAGACGCAGCUUGCCCAGUCUAGUGCCAUUGCAGAGGAACAGCUGUCACACAUCAGAACUGUGCGCGCGUUUACUAAAGAAAGUUUUGAGAUCAACAGGUAUGCUGAAGGGCUUUCUAGGCUCUUGGACAAGGUUAAUACUGAAACGUGGUUGCGGGCAGUCUUUUUUGGUUGCACUGGUGCCACAGGAAAUAUGAUUGUAUUGGCUGUCCUCUAUUAUGGGGGCAUUCUCAUGUCUGAUGGCAGACUUACUGUAGGAAACCUGUCUUCAUUUUUGCUGUAUGCAGCUUAUGUUGGUGUGUCCAUCGGUAGUCUUGGAGGCUUCUUCACUGAAGCAACCAAAGCUCUGGGUGCUUCAAAAAAAGUAUGGGAAAUUGCUGAUCGUGUUCCGGCUCUGCCAAACUCUGGUGGGCUGGCGCUUUCCAAUCUCCAAGGGCACAUAGAGUUUUGCAAUGUUACAUUUGCCUACCCCUCCAGGCCAGACAUUGACGUUCUUAAAAAGCUAAACCUUGCAGUGCCUGCAGGAUCUGUGUUGGCAAUUGUAGGCCCUAGCGGGCAGGGAAAAUCUACACUGGCCUCUUUACUCCUUCGGCUUUAUGACCCAUCUUCAGGUACUGUCAUGCUGGAUGGAAUUGAUAUUAGGGACCUGGAGCCCCACUUUCUGAGAUUGAAUGUGGGAAUUGUUAGCCAGGAACCAACACUUUUUGCUACAUCAAUUUUCGAGAAUAUCCUUUACGGUGCAAAGAGUAUGGAGAAAAGUUCAAAAGAUGAUGUAAUCAGGGCUGCAAGUGAGGCCAAUGCACUAGAGUUCAUCCAAGGCCUUCCUGAUGGCUUUAAUACAAUGGUUGGGGAACGAGGAAUCUUGUUAUCUGGUGGCCAAAAGCAACGUAUCGCUAUUGCUCGAGCUAUUCUUAGGGACCCCACUGUGUUGAUCUUGGAUGAAGCAACUAGCUCAUUGGAUGCUGUUAGCGAGCGAGCAGUGCAAGAGGCCUUGAAAAAGCUUAUGGUUGGGCGCACUGUGCUCACUAUUGCUCACAGGCUAUCUACAAUUCGCAGGGCAGAUAAAAUUGCAGUGUUGAAGGCAGGUACUGUUGUUGAGUUUGGAACUUAUGAGCAGCUGAUGAGCAUUACUGAUGGGCUGUUUCGGAGGCUUGUGGAACAUCAGCUACAAGACGAGAGAACAGCUGAAUGAAAGUUAACAUUCAUGGUGUUUAAUUGCUGUGAUAUUACUGGAAUGAAGUACAAGAAUACAACGCACUGAAUUAUCCUGGCUGCAAUGCACAUGCUAGUGAAACUUGACAGGCAUGCAGUGGAUGCUUCUAGUUCUCAGUGCUCAUUCUUGUGGGCUGAUCAUACGAGCAUAUGUUAUGCACAAUGCAAGAUUGUAUUAAUGCCGAAAAGCGGGCCAUUUAAAACAGCUUGGCUGCUUUGAUAUUUACUCUACCAUGAAGAAUGCUGAAUUACAAGAACUUGUUUCUAGCAGCACUAUAGCAAUCCAAUAAAGCUAUUUUACAUGCCCGAG